ACGCCGCGCUGACAACUUCGCUUGCUACACACAAGCAGCAGUCAAACAAAGUGAAAGUCAGAGAGUCAGACAAUCUCACAAUUCGAGUCGAGUUUUCAGAUCCUUACCUCUAGCGCGUGUGUAUGAGAGUGUGUGUGCCAAGUGUGUGUCUGUGUGAGUGGGUGAAAGCCGCUUAAAAGGCCAGCCCUCGAGUGGCAAAUAACAAACAGCUGAAAGUGCUAAACAAAGUGCGUCAAAGUGUGGCAAAGGAGUCGCGAGUUGAGAAUAAUUGUAAUACGGUUAGCGCCGCUUUUUAUAAGGUGUUUAGCAUUUGGGGUCCGCCAUGAGACGUGGCCAUAUAAAUUUGCAUAAAUAACCGACGAUUCCCCAGCAACUGUAAUUUGUGCUUUGAUAAAUUUGACCAAAACACAAACUUGAAAACUUAAAAAAAACACAACGCAAGAAAAAAACAAACACAUAAACCAAAACAAAACAAACUUGACUUCAAUUAUGGCGAACUCAAACGUUUUGCGGUUGAGCUUCUUGCUGAUCAUUGUUGCGGUGGCGGUGGCAAGCGCGCGUGGCGCCACCGGAAUCAUCAGUGAUGUGAACAACAUGUUGCGCGACACACAGCAGCAACCAGCGACCAGCUCAAUGCCAUCAUCAUCAACUACGGUUCCAUCAUCGAGCGUGGAGUUGCUGCGCUUUGUUGACGAGGACGAAGAUGAGGAUAACAACAACAGUGAGGAUAAUGAGCUGGAAUUGCUAUCGAAUGGCAGCAAACCUGUGGCCAUUAACGCUGAUAACCUGAAGCUGGCCGAUCAGGUGCGUCUGUUGUCCAAGCAAUUGAACGCAUUGAUGACGCGUCGUCGUGAGGAUUACGAAAUGUUGGAGCAUAAUUUACGCAAAUCUCUGCGGCUUACCACGGAUGCGGCGCACGUUGAUGCGGAUAUGCGCAGCGAAUUGGAUCAAUUGAGACGUGAGGUGCAAACGCUGCGUGCCACACACAGCGGCAACAAGGAGCGUCUGACCAUUGAGUGGCUGCAACAAUCGAUAUCCGAGAUACGCAAACAGUUGGUCGAACUCCAACGCACGGCUGGCAAUGUGGCCAACGAUGUGCGUCACAAUGGCGGAGCUGGAUACUACGAGGAUCUGGCGACCAUACGCAACGAUUAUCAACAGCUUAAGCUUGAGUUGGCGGCACAGCGUGAGCGACAGCAGCAGACGGAGGUGAUUGUGCAGGAAAUGCGGGAGGAACUCAUGCAGCAGGAACAAGAAUACAAGCAUCAAUUGAACCGUCAGCAGAAUGCGGCCAAAGCGAGUGCAAUUGCCAAGCAGCAGCAACAACAGUCAGCGAGCAUUGAGGAAUACAGCAGCAGCAGCAGUAGCAACAGCGGCAGCAGUCAGGAAGUCAGUCAAGAGUCACAACAGCUAACGAGCAGCGAGCUGGCCGACCAUCGACGUCGCCAUUGCCGAUUCCAGCAGCAACAAAUACAUAAUUUGCAAAUGGCACAACGUAAUUUGAGGCGUCAGGUGAACGAACUGAAAUAUCAUCAUAUUGAUGAGCGAGUGCGAAGCAUUGAGCUGGAGCAGCAUCGCAUCGCCAAUGCCAAUUUCAAUUUGAGCCGUCAAAUUGCGACACUGGACAAGCUGCACAUCUCCAUGCUGGAGCUGCUCGAGGACGUCGAGGGUCUGCAAAGUAAAAUGGACAAGAACAUACCUGAACUGCGUCACGAAAUCUCCAAGCUCGAGUUCGCCAACGCUCAAAUUAGCUCCGAACAGAAUUUGGUGCGCGAGGAUGGCAAAAAUGCGGCACGUUCCCUCCAAGCGAUGGCAGUCAGCGUCAGUGCGUUGCAAGAUGAGCGCGAUGGCGUCAAGAAGUUGGUUAGCACCGUCGAAAAGUUGCAGUCAAAUGUGGAUCGUGUCGAAUCGUUGGUUAACACUGAACUGCACAAUAAGCUCUCCCAUUUAAACAAACCACACAAGCGACCACACAUGUCGAUGCAGCAGCAACCGGAAGUGGAGCAGGUAACCGAUGUUGAGGCGGAAAACGAGCUGGCCGAAUCGCUGGUGGCCGAACUGGAGAACGUGGAGGCGCAGUAUGAGGCAAUUGUAAACAAACUGCCGCAGGACUGCAGCGAACUGUCGUCGCAGGUGGAUGGACUACAUCUAAUAGCACCCGCUGGUCAACAUCAUCCACUAAUGACACACUGCAAUGCCGAUGGCUGGACGACGGUGCAGCGUCGCUUUGAUGGCAGCGCCGACUUCAAUCGCUCCUGGGCGGACUAUGCCCAAGGCUUUGGCACACCGGGUGGCGAGUACUGGAUUGGCAACGAGCAGCUGCAUCAUUUGACACUGAACAACUGCACACAGCUGCGCAUUCACAUGCAGGACAUCUAUGACAACAAUUGGGUGGCGGAAUAUAAACAUUUCUAUAUCUCAUCAAGGGACGAUGGCUACAGGCUGCACAUUGGCCAAUACAGUGGGAACGCAUCGGAUGCUCUGAACUAUCAGCAGGGUAUGCAAUUCUCGGCGAUUGACGAUGAUCGCGAUAUCUCACAGACGCACUGUGCUGCUAACUAUGAGGGUGGCUGGUGGUUCUCUCAUUGCCAGCACGCCAAUCUCAAUGGUCGCUACAAUUUGGGCCUAACUUGGUUUGAUGCGGGCCGCACCGAAUGGAUUGCGGUCCGAUCAAGCCAAAUGAUGGUCAAGCGUUUGUCCAGCGAGGAGUGUGCGCCCAGCAUGAAUCCCAUUGGCAAUGAGGCGUCAACAGUGACAGUGACAGCAAGUUCACAGCAACUGGCAACAACAUCAACGACACAACGGCCAACCACUGUGGUGCAGUUCGUUGCCGCUGCGCAGGCGUAAGCAAGCAGCUAAUGCAAAAAAAAAAAAAACUUAGCUAACUUAGCUUCAGUGAACCACCAGAGCCA